UGGUGUGAGCUCUGAUAGUGUGGGUCCGUGCUGUGCGUGACUGUAACUGCGGCUUGGCGUGUGCGUGUGUGUGAGUGAGUGUGUCUGUGGUUCGGGACCCCAACCUCCAGCUGUCCCACCGACCCCUGUGCGCUCUCCAAGCCGCCUUUCGCUGCUCCUCAGACGGCUUCGCAGGCAGCCGCGCCCCGCGGCUCUACGCUGGAGCAGAGAGGAGGAGGGGAUGGAGGAAUGAGGGGGAGCCGGGUGGGAGCAGAGAGCAGGCUGAGAGCUCGGAGCAGCUGAAGGAGUCGGGUGCUGUGACUCCCUCCGGCCUCCAUCUUGGACACUUUGUGGACUUUUUUCUUUUUCUCGAACUUUUCGGCUCCAAUGAGGCGCGCGCGGCCGGCGGAGACCGAGCCCAGCUGACGUUAGUGAUCGGUGAUCGAUAGGUGCGACCGGGACGGAGUAAUGGGGGCUCAGCGGGGCCCCGUGGCCCACGGCCGGGCCUCCUCCUGCCGCGGGCUGCUGCUGCUGCUCCUCCCGCUCCUGGCGGUGCUGCUGGGCUGCUGCAGGGCGGAGGAAGAUGUGCUGAUGAACACCAAGCUGGCCACAUCUGACCUAAGAUGGACGAGCUACCCUGCUGAUGACUCGCAGUGGGAGGAAGCGAGCUCGAGGGACGAUCACCAAAACACCGUGCGGACCUAUGAGAUCUGUACGAUCACUAGCACUUCUUCCUAUUGGCUGAGGACGCGCUGGAUCCCUCUGAAGGCGGCGACCACGGUCUACGUGGAGAUCUGGUUUUCCAUGAUGGAGUGUUCCAGUCUGAGGCAGCCGUGUAAAGAGACCUUCAACCUGUACUACUACCCGUCAGACGCUGACGACGCCACGCUCACUAACCCGGCCUGGAUGGAGAACCCUUACAUCAAAGUGGCAACAGUCGCCGCCGACAACCUGAUGCUGCGCGACGCCAGGGGCCGCCCUAAUGUCAAGGUGCUGCGGCUGGAGGGACUGCGUAAGGCGGGGCUUUACCUGGCCUUCCAAAGCCAGAGCACCUGCAUGGCAUUGCUCUCUGUGCGUGUGUUCUACAGGAAGUGCCCGCCCCUGCGCCGCGCCUUUGCCUCUUUUCCUGAAACCGUCCCCCACUCGCUGGUGGAGCAGGCUCAGGGUGUGUGCGUGGAGAAUGCCGUGACGCCGCCUGGCGAGCAGUCACAACCUCCCAGCAUGCUUUGUGGUGAAGACGGGGAGUGGGUAGGGAAGCCCACAUCCAGCUGCGCCUGUCGUCCUGGAUACGAAGCAGGAGAGACUGACGUACGCUGUCGAGCCUGUCUGUCCGGUCAUUUUAAAGCCGAGUCAGGACCUGUUGGCUGCAGCUCCUGUCCAGCCAAUAGCAAUACAAGAAUCCCAGGCUCCGCCUACUGCCCGUGUCACUCUGGUUUCUAUCGAGCCGACUCGGACCCACCGCACACUGCCUGCACACAGCCUCCCUCGGCUCCUCGCUCCCCGGUGAGUCAGCUCAACGACACCAUGGUGACUUUGGAGUGGAGCGAGCCACUGGACCGCGGAGGACGACAUGACCUGACCUACAGAGUCCUGUGCUCCACCUGCGGGCCCGCCACUGCCACCAAAGUCACUUCCUGCUUCCCAUGUGGUGACAGCGUUCUUUACCGGCCGGCACAGAACGGCCUGACCCAGCGGCGUGUCGUCGUCUGGGGGCUCCGCCCACAAACAAAGUACAUCUUCACCAUCCAGUCGCUAAAUGGCGUGUCUGCACUCAGCCACUCAGAGCCGGCCUCCAGCAAGCUCAACAUCACCACCAGCAGAGAUGUUCCUCCUCCAGUAUCUGGUCUGAGGAGGGUGGAGGCCUCAGAGAGCAGUCUGUCUUUAGAGUGGAGCGUCCCAGUUGUGCACAACCAGUACAAGAUCCUGGACUACGAGCUCCGCUACAGCCCUGAGGAUGGUGAGGAGUCGGUGGAGUGGCAGUACGUGUUCAGCAGGUCUUCUUCUCUGGUGCUGAACGGGCUGCAGCGGGCGACGAGAUACCGGGUGCAAGUCCGCGCUCGCUCUCAGGCCGGUUACGGCUCAUUCGGUGCCGAGACUGACUUCAACACGCUGCCUGACGGUGUGUCCCAGCUGAUGGUGACCGGAGUCUCGGCCUCUUUGGGGAUACUGGUGCUCGCUGUGGCGGCCAUAGUUGGCGUGUUCUGCUACCGGAGGAAGAGGAGCGCGCACAUCCACGACAAGAGCGGGCACUACCAGAUGGGGCAGACGAUGAAGGUUUACAUCGACCCGUUUACCUACGAGGACCCAAAUGAGGCCGUGAGGGAGUUCGCCAAAGAGAUCGACGCCUCCUUCGUUAAGAUCGAAGAAGUCAUCGGAGCAGGUGAGUUUGGCGAGGUGUGUCGUGGUCGGCUGAGGAUCCCGGGCAGGAAGGAGAACUACGUGGCCAUUAAGACCCUGAAGGGUGGCUACACGGAAAAGCAGAGGCGGGACUUCCUGUCGGAGGCGUCCAUCAUGGGACAGUUCCAGCACCCUAACAUCAUCCACCUGGAGGGAGUCAUCACCACUUCCUGCCCCGUCAUGAUCCUCACCGAGUUCAUGGAGAACGGGGCGCUCGACAGCUUCCUGAGGAUGAAUGAUGGCCAGUUUACCACCAUCCAGCUGGUGGGGAUGCUGCGCGGCAUCGCAGCAGGAAUGAAAUAUCUGUCUGAAAUGAGCUACGUCCAUAGAGAUCUGGCGGCUCGUAACAUCUUGGUGAACUCCAACCUGGUCUGUAAGGUGUCAGAUUUCGGCCUGAGCAGGUUUCUGACUGAAAACUCGUCAGACCCGACGUACACCAGCUCUCUGGGCGGCAAGAUUCCCAUUCGGUGGACGGCUCCUGAAGCCAUCGCGUACAGGAAGUUCACUUCAGCCAGUGACACGUGGAGUUACGGGAUUGUGAUGUGGGAAGUGAUGUCAUACGGGGAGCGACCGUACUGGGACAUGAGCAACCAGGACGUGAUAAACGCUAUCGAGCAGGACUACAGGCUUCCCCCGCCGCCGGAGUGCCCCGCCUCCCUGCACGCACUCAUGCUGGACUGCUGGCAGAAGGAGCGAGCCAACCGGCCGAGGUUCUGCGACGUGGUGGCGUCCCUUGACAGGCUGAUCCGAAACCCCACCUCCCUGAAAGUGACGCACCCAGAGGCACAGAGCCCGUCCCAUCCUCUGUUGGACCAGCGAGUCCCCCCUCCUCUGUCGGCCUGCGCUUCCGUCUCCGAGUGGCUCCGAGCCAUAAAGAUGGAGCGAUACGAGCAGAGCUUCCUGCAGGCCGGAUUCACCAACCUGGACAUCGUCUCACAGCUCAACACUGAAGACCUCCUCAGAGUGGGCGUGACCCUCGCAGGGCACCAGAAGAAGAUACUGUCUUCCAUCCAGACGCUCAGGAUACACAAAGCUCCACCCACCAUGCUUUACUGACCAAUCACAGCCUGGUCACGGCACAACACUCAAAAUGACCUUGACGCUGUCCACCAUUGCACCCGAUCCAGCCUGUAGCUCCGACCAAUGGGAAUGCUUUAAAGCCUGAAACACUAACUGAUGUAGUUUCAACCAACCAGAACGAAGGAAUGAGAUGACCAUUCUUUGACGGGCUCGUUGAACCUCAGGAUUUCUAUUGCCUCGUCUCGCUGAACCACAUCCCGAGGUCACUGCUUGUUUUUUUUUAAAUCUACUCUGAACAGCAGAGCUCACAGAAAUCAGCAUCCAGCACAGAAAGGAUGUUGGAAGACUUUGGAAACUAUUCCUUAUGUGGACUGAUUGGAUGUUGCGCCACUGUAAAGACUAAGCUCCACCCCUUGUUGGCAGCACAGCGUGGAUGCUUUCCCAGACUGUUUGAUGGCUGGAUUUCCAGGGCAGGAGGAUUUUCCACUGAAAAAACAUCAAGAGAGAAAAAUUACAAAAGGCAGAAAAUGAGUAAAUUCUGCUGGAAACACAAGCAGGAUACUUUCUUUUGUACUUCCUGUAGAAGAAACAAACCCUUUGCAGGAUGCUGCCGCUGUGACUGCACAGACCUGAGAGCCUUUUAAAAUGAGCCGAACGGGUUUUAUGGUGACGUGGACGGUGUUUGAGUGAAAUUUCAGCUUGGUAGAUUUCCUUCAAGCACCAAUAGGAACCUGAACAUACGUGUUUCUGAAGGACAUCUUGGGGAUGUGGGACAUGUGGGAGGAAUUCCAAACGCAUCGGUCGGUAAUCUCCCUCUCAGUGGGAUUAUUUCCACACUAGGGUUCAGGACCAUCUGAAGGGAUUCAUGAUGUGACCUGUCAGUAUGUUCUAGUAAAGUUUCAGCGUCAUACUGUGUGUAAUCUGUGAGGAGUAUUCUGGGUUUGCCUCAGAAAACACCGGUGUACUUUUCAAGGUAGUCUUUGGGAAUGUUCGCUCCCUGCUCAAGCCAGAACUUUUCCAAAUGUGAUUCAUCAGGUGCUGAAAUUCUCUGGAUUAAGGGAAGUCAUGUGGGAGUAUUUAACUGUACACACGGUAGUUUUCUCAAUCAGACUGAAAGUUUUUUAAAUUGUUCGGUGCCUACAAACGAUCGAAGCCCACCUGUAGUGGGUUUCUGUGUUGUGAACGUACUCAAGUGUAUUUUGUCCUCAGAGGUUCCAGCUGUAAGGGAUCCAUCAUCUAAAUGAUUUCCCCUUUAUAGACUCAGAUCCCCCUGUGGCCUAAACGUAUGAACUGUCCGUACGUGACUGUCAUUUAUUAGCCUUUCACUUUCACGUGUUGGGAUGAAGCCACUACAGGUUUAAUGGUUUAAGACCAUUCUUCACAGGAAGUGAAAAGCCAUUCAAAGCUUCAGUGUGGGACAUGAGGACUAAGUUUGAGGACUACAGCAGAAAUCUUUUUGUUUAAUCGUGAACUAUUGAUGGUUUUGUAUCGUAGCACUUUUUUUUUGUACCUGAUAUUUGAUCGUAUUUUUACACAAAGCAGGAGAUCAGAGUUUUUAUAGUAGACCUACAUUUCAGGCGAAACGUCGUUUUCAUUUUCUAAAGAGAAACGUAUAAAAACAAUCUGCCUUAGCUUUCACGGAGGCGAGUGAGAUGAUCCAGGUUCAGGACCAAAGAUCACAUCUGCCCACUGAAGCGAGACUGUGCGUCUGCCUCACCACAUAAAUGUUUAACAGCGGCCCACAAACCAGCUCCUCCACUUUUACAACACUAACAUUAACCAUCAGGCCAACAUUUGGCAGUUUGCCUCUUCAGUCUCUUCUGUUCUCCGGCCAAACACUCAUUAAUGCGAGGAGCAGUCUUUGUUAGCGAUGCUUCACAGACAGGAAAUACCUGAACACUGCCAUCACCUUCCUCCCCGAGCCACCGUGUUCAUUAGAUGUAUUUGUCUAUCUUGUUUUAUAUAAACUAAAUUAUUGUCAUGGUGGUCAUCGUCUCUGGUGUAACUCCAGCAGAUGAUGAUCAGCCAGUUAUAACCAGCAAACUAAUCAUGUGACCUGGAGGAGAUUGUCCACUGCAGUGUUUCUGCAGAGGUGUUUGCAUGCAUGGAUGCAAAGGAGCUGUUGGGUAAUAGAAUAUAACAGGUGUUACACGAUGAGUCUUGUAUCCUGUGGUUGGACUCACCUCCACCGUGUUGGAGAUCAGUAAGCUGGUAGGAACAGACGAGACUGAAAGGCCUGUGAGAUCAGAGCUGACUGAAAUAUGGAACAAAAAGAAGGGAUUGUUGGCUGUAGAUCCUCCACUUCUAGGGUGGGACUUUUGGAUGGAUGAAAACAUGAAACUGCCAAAAGGAGCUGCCGACAUACUUUGGUGGGCCUCCAGCUGGAGGCUGAAACAUCCAGUAAACCUUCUGUCAUCCGAGUUCUGAUAAUCAGGACUGAAUCACGAUGGUCUGAAAGUCUGAGUAAUCCACUUCUAAUGGUAUUUUUACUGAAUCACAUAAACUGGUUCAUUGGUCCAUUAGCUGCCAGUCAAAGCACUAACGGGCCAAUAACAGCACACAGGGAGCUCCUCUUUGUCAUGCCUCCUUUGUAAAUCACAGUGUUGCAUGAUGGGAGUUUGAGUCAGUGGCAGUCCACCAGCGAUCCACUUUCAUUGGACAGACAAAUGUAAACACGUUGUUUUGGGAAACAAAUUUUAUUUAAAUGAGUAAUUUUGAAUGUUGUGAACUCAGCUCUGCCUUUUAUACGUCCACACUAAUGUAUGAGAAUAUUUUUAUUGUUGUUAAUGUUGUCAUAAAGAAGGAUGUCCACUGGGCGAGGGAAGUCUCUGAUGGCCAAUA